GUACCGGCGAGUCGGGCAAGUCCACCUUCAUUAAGCAGAUGAGGAUUAUCCACGGUUCCGGCUACUCGGACGAGGACAAGAGAGGGUUUAUCAAACUUGUGUACCAAAACAUUUUCAUGGCGAUGCAGUCCAUGAUCCGGGCGAUGGAUCUCCUGAAGAUCCAGUACGGCGAUUCCUCGAAUAUAGAAAAAGCGGAACUGGUGCGGAGCGUCGACUUCGAAACAGUUACGACGUUCGAGAGCCCGUACGUGGAGGCGAUCAAGGACCUGUGGGCGGACGCGGGUAUACAGGAGUGCUACGAUCGUAGACGAGAAUACCAGCUCACGGAUUCCGCCAAGUAUUACCUAAUGGAGAUAGAUCGAGUCGCGGCAUCAAACUACCUCCCCACAGAACAGGACAUUCUUCGUGUGAGAGUGCCCACCACCGGUAUAAUUGAAUAUCCCUUUGACUUGGAAGAGAUCCGAUUUAGGAUGGUAGACGUCGGUGGACAGAGGUCGGAAAGAAGAAAGUGGAUUCAUUGUUUCGAAAACGUUACUUCAAUUAUAUUUUUAGUAGCUCUAAGUGAAUAUGAUCAAAUUCUAUUUGAAUCGGAGAACGAGAAUCGAAUGGAAGAAAGUAAAGCACUGUUCAAAACGAUUAUAACAUAUCCCUGGUUUCAACACUCCUCUGUUAUCCUGUUUCUCAACAAGAAAGAUCUGCUAGAAGAAAAGAUUAUGUACUCUCAUCUUGUCGACUACUUUCCGGAAUAUGAUGGCCCGAAACAACAAGAUGUGCCGGCCAGGGAGUUCAUCUUAAAGGUGUAUCUCAAUUGUAAUCCCGAUCCUGAUCGAAUGUGCUACUCUCACUUUACGUGUGCGACAGGUCUGUUCGAAUACUUGAGUGUCCCGAGCAGAAAAUGUAGAUUCUCUAGUUAUUUGUCGAACAGUUUAGUAAUGCUAUUUCGUGCGGCUCUCGUGCUCUUUAUUGUAACUUUGCCACUCCGAUAUUUCUCAAUUCACGUGGUUAUUUAUUAUUAGUAAUAAUCUAUUUGCAAGGCUAUUUUAAUGCCAAACCUAUAUAUAUUUCUGCGCAUAAUCAGUAGCACGUAAUCUUGAUAAAUUAAAAUUAACUUGUAUGUAGAUUCAAGCUAGUUAAUCUGAUAGUAAUAAUCAGAACCUUCGUCGCAUCCUGUAUUGUAAUUUACAACUUUGUAAAAUAUUAUGUAAUUAUUGAACGUCCAACAAAAGUUACAUCAACAAUUGAAAUUCUAAGUAUCCAGCGAAAGUUAUAUUAAAUUGAAAUUCUUAGUUCGCGACGACAGAUUUUCAGACUUUAUUACGAACUACAACGUGUAAGUAACUGGUUCGAAUUUGCAAAAUUAUACUCGGUGUUCUUACAUAAGCUUUCUAGCUUAUUAAUGAGGCUUUCGAAAGGCUUCUUUGAUGUUCACUACGACUAAUUUAAUAAGCUGUCCUUGGAGAGAGCGUAUAUUGGAUUUGAGUGGAGUACAACAUUAUUCCAUUAAAAUAGAUCGAUAUCCGUCUGCAUUUCGCAUUAUGCUGUGCACAUGAGCAAAACUGAUGUCGCGCGGCGACAUUUUUCAGAUGCAGAUUUAUUCCGGUCUUGUAAAACACUUAGAAAUCCUGUAACACGAAAGAGUUUUCUCUCUUGGCCAAAUUCCAACUUAUCUUUUGUUGUAUUUACACCUAGUAAAAAACCUCAAUAAUACGUAUCAAUUAAUCGUCUCGUUAUUGAGCGACCGCUAAAAAAUAUUGACUAUGCAUUAUGUACUCGCUUCGUAGAUGAACGGAAGUAAUGCCAUGCCCCUUCCUUGCUUGUAUA